AUGCAGUAUAUCAAUCAACGACUGGACGUUCAUGUGCUUCCCCACCCCCGGAAAAAGAUGAGCCGCCUACGCCCUGUAGCAGACUCCCUAGAAAAUGUGGGAUUCGUGUCAAAGGGUGAUAAGAAGCUGCUAGACCCGAAGGUCCAGACCGAAUACUUUGACAAGAUAGUCGACCGAUAUAUGCGCUUCUGCGCCCACCACUCCAAAGACCUCGACGCCGCACUGGCCUCUCUCCCUACAAGCGCUUCAAAUGACGCAACCUCCAACCCGCCUGCUGCCCUGCGAUCAACAUCAAAACCCCCACAGCGGGGUGUUCCGCCACCGUCAACAGAGCUAUCUACCCUCCUCCUGUCCCUGCGCAAGCUGCGCGAAGCUGUUCUAGCAACGGCAUCAAAUACCACAGCGACAUUCUCGCAACGGGUCCACAUAUUCUCGAUCCGCUUGUCUAUCCUGGCUCAUCAUCCACCAUCAUAUUUCCCCUCGCUACGAUAUAGCCUCGACAAAUUACACUCCCAAUCACACCCACUACCAGACUCCGAAGCCAAGGAACUGGUCACAUAUCUAAUUUUGGAUUAUGCCUGUCGCCAACAGGACAUGGUAGCGGCCUAUGAGCUGCGCGCCCGGGCGCGCAAGGAGCAUGCGUUCCAUUCGCAAACAGUCGAUAAGGUUUUGGCGGCGUUGUUGCACGAUAACUGGGUUAUCUUUUGGCAACUGCACAACAGCGUUGACUCGUACACUCGCGCUGUGAUGAAUUGGGCCUCGGAUCGCGUCCGCAGGCACGCGCUCAAGGCUGUUGGCAGUGCUUAUCUCAAUGUGCAUAUUAGUUGGAUUUUGGGUGGUUGCACGGGUGAUGAACAGAAUUGGACGUGGGACAAGUUGGUCGAGGUUGAGAAGCUUGGUUGGGCGAGAGAGGAUGAUAAGAUUAUCAUUAAACGGCCGAGACAGCUGGCUGCGCCUAAGCCGGCGCCGACUUCCACAUGA